CUUCAAGAGCAUGGCAUGGGGCCCAGAAGCUCCUCCUUGAUCUUUGGGUACACCACUUACCACAAGCUGGUGGAGGAAUCACUCGCGGAUAUGAUGAAAAUGGAGGAUUGCCUUCUGUGCCCCACCGGAUAUUCUGCCAACACUUCCGUGAUGUCUGCAAUAGGUAGCAUCAUCUCUCUCUCUCAGCUAUUGGGAGAAGCGGUGCAGGAUGAGAGGAUCGCCAUCUUCUCGGAUGCGUGGAAUCAUGCCUCCAUCAUCGAUGGGAUCCGCCUUGCGGAGAGGCAGCAAGAAGCAGUGGCCUUUGUGUACAAGCACUGUGACAUGUCACACCUUGAGUCCCUGCUGUCCGGCUGCUCAAUGGCAAAGAAAGUUGUUGUCACAGACAGUUUGUUCAGCAUGGACGGGGAUUUUGCUCCGUUGCCUGAACUUGUCAAAUUGCGCAGCAAAUAUGGAUUCCUGUUGGUCGUCGAUGAUGCACAUGGAACAUUUCUUUGCGGCAAGAACGGUGGUGGCACACCGGAGAUGUUUGGGUGUGAAGAUGGCAUUGACAUAUGUGUUGGCUCUUUGAACAAGGGCGGUGGUUGCCAGGGUGGUUUCAUAGCAUGCAGCACUAGAUGGAAGAAGCUGAUCAUAUCGCGAGGUCGCGAAUUCAUGUUUUCGUCAGCUUUGCCACUGCCUAUUAUUGCUUCUCUGCUUGCUGCGGUCCAUGUCUCGAAGAAGGAGGGAUGGCGAAGAUCACUUGUUUGGGAGCACGUGAAGUACUUUGCUUCUCUGACUAAACUCAACAUAACUAGUCCCAUCAUUCCCAUUAUAGUUGGAAUCGAAGAAGCGGUGCUCAAGGCGCACAGGCACCUUCAUAGAUCUGGAUUUCUUGUCAUCCCAAUCAGGCCACCAGUGGUGCCAGCCAACUCAUGCAGGCUGCGAGUUAGUCACAGCUCAGCUCAUACCUCAGCUGACAUCAAAAGGCUGGUUGAUGCGCUCUCUCCCUGGCUCCCCACUUGCGCUUCAGCUUCAAGGUUAUAAGCAACGGGCCACUAUUGGUGAUAUAUAUGGCCUAAAGCCAGUUAUGUCUAGAAUAAUUAUGUCACCACUAUGUUUGAUGUUAUUUUGAAUUAUGUGUAUUGUGUUAUUUUAUAAUUUUUAAUAAAGUUGUCAACAAGCAUGUAACUUGUUGUGAAUUGUGAAGCCCCAUUUUCAAUAUGCAAUGCUAUUCAAAACGACUCAAGUUCUCAUAUCAUCAAGUGGGACAUGGUUCAUAAUAACAUAUCAAUAUGAUCAAACUCACCUGUUUAAUAAUUCACUAUGUAACCAAGUGAACUAGGAAGUUGUGGCCUCUUUUAUUUACCCAAUGGAAUAAAUCUAGGUCGUAACCUAACCUGGCAAAUUAUUUUGUUAUUUAUAUAAGGGAUAAAUAUAUUUUCCGUCCUCGAACUCUUUCGAAAGUUGAGAAAUCGUCUCUCAACUCUAAAACCACCAAAAGUUAGCCUCUCAACUAUUUAAACUAGAUACUUUUCGUCCCUCAUAAGGUUUGAGGUAGUUUUUACAUUGACAUGGACCCCGUUUUGACUACGUUCAGUUAUAUUUAGAUUUGGUUAAGCUAUAUUCAGUACAGCUGCCUUUCUCUUGUUCACACACAAGUAGAAGAAGUGCAAACACUUUCCUUUUAUCUUGUUCUCACUUGUACACACCCACACACACAUACUUAUGCACAAACACUUAAUUGACGUGGCAGUCAAACAAGUCAACGUGGCCCGUUUCAAUCAAAACAGGGUCCAAGACACCGGAAAACCACCUUAAACGUUAUGAGGGACGAAAAGUAUCCGGUUUAAAUAGUUGAAGGACGAAAAGUAUCCGGUUUAAAUAGUUCAAGGACUUACUUUGAAGCGAACGCUUUUCCCAAAUGCUAUACAUCCGGCAUCAGAGUUUUGACACUUUGAAGCGAACGCUUUUCACACUGUUCUAUUUACACAACACGGACGUGAGUUGAUGUCAGGUCAUCGUUUCAGAGUCAUUCCCAUAGUGACUGAAACCAGCAAACAAAAAAAACUUCUUAUCCUCACUGCUCACGCUCACCCGUUAGGUCUCUCACUCCCCUCACCUUUUUCCUCUCUCUCUCUCGACGAGAGCUAGGAAGAGAGGAGCUUGGCGACCACUAGGGGCUUUGGUUGUUAUUUUCUAUUUCUUGGGCUCCUUUUUGCUUUUGUUGUCCCUGGACAGGUGUUCUAUUAUGUCGAUGUUUUGUGUCGGGUCUACGUGUGUGUUUUUAACCUUCUUUGGUUUUGCCUAACAAUAUGUUCAAUCCAUAGGUACGAUCGUACCUUGUAAAUAUAAAUAAUGCAUGUGUUGUGCACAUGCGUUGAACGGUUGAAGGUAAGGGAAAAGAAGUAGCAUGCAAGCAUGCAACCGUUACCCCCUCUCCCCAUCAAAGAAAAAAAAAAUAGGAACUGUAAGGACGCGUUUGAAGGGUUGCAUGGUUUUUGGGGCAUAUGUAACUCAAUUGGCAUGGCUGAGUAAAUACAGACCAAACACCAUGAUGUGCAUGU